GUCACGUGAGCCGGCUUCCUCUCCCGCGGCCGCGUGUGUCCCUCCUCGUGAGCCGUACUAGCAUUGCUGUGGGGGUGCGCGGGGACCGCCGGCAUGUUCCGCAUCGAGGGCCUGGGACCCAAGAUGGACCCAGAGGAGCUGAAGCGGAAGAUGCGCCGCGACGUUCUCACCUCUGUCCGUAACUUUCUCAUCUACGUCGCGCUGCUUCGGAUCACUCCUUUCAUCUUGAAGAAGCUGGACAGUAUAUGAGCACUUAAGAAGACUCAGUAUAUGAAAACGUAAAAUGGACUGUAGCUGCUUUCCCCUGUUUGUUAAUUAAACAUUGUGCCAGCGGCUGACAGGGUUCUAAAAUGUUUCACUUAAGUAUAUCUGACCUAAGGAUGAUAGCCAGUUUGGGAGUAUGGGGAAGAUGUCUGUUGUCCCUGCACGUGAAUUCUGGUCACAGAAUGCUCCCUAGUAUCAUCAAGCAACAACUUGUGAUGGAACACUUCUUGUACUGUUUAAAAAAAGUCCAUCUCCAUUUUGUACGAAGUGUUAAGUGCUAGCAAGUUGCUUUGUAAUGCAGCUACCUCUAAACUGCCACAUGCUAUGGCUAUCAACUGUACUGAACCUGUCUAUGAAAAACAAAGUCUUUAAUGAAUCCAGUUGACAAGCAGGUUGAUUUCAAAUAAAUGGAAGAGCAGUUGUGUCACUUAA